AUGUCCACACCUCAAAGUAAUACAAGAAAAGAAGGGUCUAACAGACGGAAUAAAAAACGUUUCAGAAAACGGCAAAAAAAUGAUAUAACAAAAGAGGAACGCCCUACAAGACGAGAUAAUGAUAGGAAUUUUGAAGAAAUUACUAAAGAAAAUGAAGUUUUUGAAAAUAAUGCCCAUGAGUUGCGAGACAUAAUGAAAGUGGAACAUGUACCUGCUUUGUGUGGGAUAUCAUUUAAAGAAGGAGAAAAGGCUGAAGCUCCCUUUCCAUUAAAUUGGUAUCCGGACGAACUUGCGUGGCAACAUACUGCACCAAAGCUUGCAAUAAAAAAACAUCCACAUUUUAAAGAAUUCCAUCAGUGGCUGGUUUCAGAGACAGAAGCGGGUCAUAUUAGUCGGCAAGAAGCUGUGAGCAUGAUCCCACCACUGUUACUUGAUCUAAAGCCCCAUCAUUAUGUAUUAGACAUGUGCGCUGCACCUGGCUCAAAAACUGCUCAACUGAUUGAAGCCUUACAUGUUAACAUCGCGCAAUCAAAUGAUGUUCCAACUGGUGUCAUCAUAGCUAAUGAUUUGGACCAAAAACGAUCUCAUAUGCUCGUGCGUCAGGUUAAAAGAUUACAAAGCCCGUGUGUACUUAUAACGAAUCAUGAUGCAGGACAGUUUCCUUCUAUUAUCUUAGAUAGGGGUGAUAGGGAAACUAAAAAGAAGCAACUUUCAUUUGAUCGAAUUUUAGCCGAUGUUCCAUGCAGCGGUGAUGGGACUAUUCGCAAGAAUACAGUCAUCUGGCAUAAAUGGAAGAUUGGUGAUGCUCUUGGAUUACACAAGACACAAGUAAAAAUUCUGUUUCGUGGUGCUCAAAUUUUAAAAGAUCAUGGCCGUAUAGUCUAUUCAACUUGUUCUCUUAAUCCUAUUGAAAACGAGGCAGUAGUUGCAGAGGUCUUGCUACGAGCUAAUGGAAAUCUUCAUCUCGUGGAUGUUUCGAAUGAGCUUCCCGAAUUCAAAAGAUUACCUGGGUUAUUGACAUGGAAGGUUAUGGAUAAAGAACAACAAUGGAUUGAAAAAUGGGAAGAUCUUCCUCCCAAUAAACAAAGACAUUAUGCGAAAUCAUUAUGGCCUCCAGCCAAUUCAAAUGAAAUGAAUCUGGAAAGAUGCUGGCGAAUUUACCCCCACCUGCAAAAUACCGGAGGAUUUUUUGUCGCCGUAUUUGAAAAGACAGGACCGAUAAAAGAUAAUACUGGGAAUAAUGUCGCUUCACAGGACACGAUUUCGAAAAUGGAUGUCAGCGAGAAAGAUGAUAAGAUAGCUGAACUACCAUCUACCAUCACUGAACCAUUGUUAUCUGAUGAUGAGAUAGCUGAGCUACCAUCUGUCAUCACUGAACCAUUGUUAUCCGAUGGUGAGAUAGCUGAGCUACCAUCUGUCAUCACUGAACCAUUGGUAUCCGAUGAUGAAAACUCAGAUACGGCAGAAACCAUCUCUGUCGACAGAAAUGCGAAUUCUGAUAAUAAAGGGAAACAAAUUAAGGAAAAAACACAUGGAAUAUCAUACGAAGAACCAUUCAUUUUCUUAGAUUCGGAACAUCACGAAGUCAAAUCAAUAAGCGAAUUUUAUGGUCUAAGCCGUGAUUUUCCUGUAAAUCAAUUUCUAGUUCGUUCAUCAAAUAAUGAACACAAUGUCAUAUACUUUGUUAACGACUCUAUACAAUACAUUUUAAGAGCACAAGACUCCAAAAGACUCAGGGUAGUGAAUACCGGUAUAAAGGCUUUCACACGAACAAAUUCUAAUGUUAAUGUGAGAUGUCCAUUCCGAUUUCACCAGGAUGGUCUUUUUAUAAUUGCGCCUUUUAUCCAAGAUACUCGUAUAGUGUAUGUUGGUGUCGAAGCUGUACAAAAAUUAAUGGAGGAAACUGCGCCGUUGAUCUCGAACUUUUCACCAAGUGUCAUAAGUCGGUUAAAUGACUUGGACGAAGGAGGCAUCUUAUUUUCUCUUGAUCCUUCAAAAAGCUCGAAUAAUAAUAUACAAUUUCCUAUUAUAUUGCCGGUUUGGAAAGCCAGAUGUUCGCUAAAUUUAUUGUAUAAGAAAGACGCAAUCCGUGGCCUACAAAAACGGCUAGACCGUGCGAUCAAAAUUUCCGAGAAUUGA